AUACCCAGUGUUCACUUAAAUCGUCCAGAGUUGGUGAUGAUGGCGUCCUGCCCAAGGACCGUCAGGCCUCAACAACACUUCUGGGUGAAAUACACACUGCUCAACAAUUUGCAAGAUUUCCUUGCUGCUCGUCUGAUCUGGAAUUCAGAGGGAGGAAGUCAGGAUCCCAGUGUGGGAGCGGUUGUGUGCCAGUCUCCACUCAACAACCUGGGCCAGUGUAAGAAAGGCUCCAUACUGUCCUUCACUGUGGCCUUCCAGAUUCUCAAAACUGGGAUUUUUGAGGUCAGGCGCUAUGGUGGAGCUCCAGACAACAACCUCUCCUGCAGGAACUGUUAAUCGAGCCCCUCACCUGUCCCCCGAUCCCAGCUUUGUUUCACUGGUAAAAAUAGCCAAGAGAGAGUGUAAGGUGCUAGUGCUGGAAUGAAUCAAAGAUGUACACAAAAGGUGAUCUGGACUGUGGGAGCUUAUGACAAAAGCAUCACUGUCCUGUGGCUGUGCUUCAACACAGAGCAGCCGUCAGAUCUUUGUCUUCAUCCCAAGAAGAAGCAACAAUCAUACUAUAAUAAAUGCUAAAGAUGGAGUCAGUGAAUGAGGAAUGAAACAUGAAUCAGAGGACUGGUGCUGAUGAGAUUCUGAUGUGAGCUCAG